AUGUUCUCAAGCGACGUACACCGUCCUCAUCUCUACAAAAUAUCUCCUAAUAUGACUCUCAAUGAAUACAACGCAACACCGUCUCCCCCAUUCACACCUCCGUGCUAUGCUCCGAUGACUCCGGUGUCGUUUGGAUCUAUGUAUUCGAAUCCUGAUACUCCAAGCAGCGAUCUUCUUAGUUUAAGCCCAAAUAAGUCUGCCGAGUAUAGUUGGCUAACUGCUAAUGGAUCUAUGAACCCACCUAAGGUGCUCCUGGACACUUCUACUAGCCGAUCAUACUCAUCAGUUUUCGAUGAUAGUGGAUCAUCUCGAAGCUCCAGUGAUGUUCUUUCCGAUUACUCUGACAUGUACAGUCGGGAAUUGAUGGAUUACUCGACACCUACUGGAAUUAAAAUUGGUGCUGCUCCGAUCUUUUCUCAUGUUCUCCAACAACAACAACCAGUCCUUGCUCCAUUAUUGUCCUCAACAGGAGAAGAGCAUCUUAAUCUAAUCAAUCUUGCCGAGAAGUGCAAAAACAAUUCAACCAAUGGGAACGGCAUCUCAAUCAAACAAAAACUGGAACAAUCUAUCAGAGAAAGAAGUAUGAUGAAAAAUGAUUUGCUCAAUAUUGUGAAACAUCCGCCAAUCUUGUCACCACUCCCGGAAGAUAUUAUGGAGAUCAAUGAAACACCGAGAGUUGCCAAGAAAUCCAAGAAGAAAAAAUCAAGACCACGUCUCUCUGCAAGUGGAAAACCAAUUGGGCGUCCAUUAGGGUCAUUCAAAGUUCCUCAAGCAGAACCAUCGGUGAAAAGAAGAACGUCAUACGUGGAUGAUGGAGUUCAUAAUAUUUGUCUUUGGAAGGGAUGUGCAACCGAGUUCACAAGUAGUGAUGUGAGUGUGAUUAGUCUAUUCUAUGACCAUGUAAAAACGCAUAUGGCUGAAUAUGGACAUCGCCUGCGAGUCUGCCACUGGGACGAUUGCAUUCGUGAGCAACGCCCAUUUGAUGCUUUCUACAAAGUGCAAGUUCACAUUCGAACUCACACUAAAGAAACUCCGUUUCAUUGCAAAGCUCCAGGGUGCUUGAAGUCCUACAAACGUCUGGAAAACCUGAGAGCUCACGCACUCACCCACAGAGAACUCGAGCAUUUCACUUGUUCCGUCUGCCAGAAACUGUUUGCUGAUAGGGAGGACUGCGAGAACCACGAGAAGAAACAGCACGCCUCCAAAAAUUCAAGAACUUUUAAAAAAUUCAAAUAUUUUCAGAAUCCAUACCUGUGUCUUUCUUCUCAAUGCGUGAAACGUUAUGCAGAUCCAUCUGCUCUCAAAAAGCACUUGAAGAACAAUCAUCCACAAUUACUGCCAGCGUAUGAAGCAAGAGAAUAUCGUCAGCAUCUUCCAUAA